AUAAUUGCGGAGGUUUCUGUAAAGAGCAGUCUGCAUCGAGGCUGCAUCACACUGCGGCGUAUUUUCGCCUGGGCUUGGUGGGCUAUGCCUACUCCAGCGGGUUUUAACACUAAUUUGAAGCCAUCGUUGCAAUGCGCCAAGGUUGCAUACAACGCCAUCGGAGGACUGCACGCUAUCAAAAGAGCCUUCGAAAAACGUCGCUUCAUUAAAGUCUACCGCACCUACGUUCGACUUCACCCAGGAAUUGAUGUACAGAACGCCUCAGAAGCCAAUGAGCGCAUCGCUGCGGAACUAGGUGUUGGAAUCGCACACAGACCCAAAGCUACCAUGCGCAGCAGGGUGAUAAAAACAAAAGACCGACUUAUGCCGAAUGAACAAUCUUGGGUAGUGUAUCGCAUCCCACGCCUAAGCUGUUCUUGUAUCUACAUAGGCCAAGCUGAACGCAUUCUCGGAUCGCGCAUACACGAACGAAAGUUGGCCGCACGACGAGGCGACGAAGUAUCACAAUUUGCAGCUCGCAUCUAUGAAACAGGCCAUGAGCUCAACUUCGCGGCCGUCAAGGUACUCUCCCACGUUGAGCAGGGAGUUGAUUGA